AGGUAGCAAUGAAUUUAUUUUAUAUAUAGUUUUAAAAGAAAAACUGUUUAGAUUUUUCUAACUGCUUUUAGUCGAUAGUAGCUAAACUAUCGCAUUCACCUGUAUUUGCGAAAAAACAGCUGUGCUGACUUAUCGAUUGACCCACCGAGUGUGUACCCCUAUUGGCAGCCAUCGAAAAUAGAAGUUUACGCGAAGAAACACGGAGAAAAGAACAGAACGCAAAAAUAAAGGUUAGCCGAAGAAGAUGACCAGUUUCCGCAAGCGCACCGUGCAGAAGCCGAUCCGUGGCACCCGCACCUCGCCGCACACAGCCCAGGUGAUCACCUCCAGCGGGAAUCCGUAUCUGGACGUGGUCAUCGGCGGCGGCCUGCCCAUGGGCUCGAUCUGCCUGAUUGAGGAGGAUCGCUUCAUGACGCAUGCCAAAGUGCUGGCCAAGUACUUUCUGGCGGAGGGCGUGCUCUCCAAGCAGGAGAUAUUUUUGGGCAGCCUGGACGAUCUACCGGCGGAGAUGUUGCGAUGUCUGCCCAAACCGCUGACCGAACUGGAAACGGAGGUGGAGCAGCAAGAGGAGCAACAGGCGCAGGGCGCCGGUGGCACCGAGAAUGGUUUAAGGAUCGCCUGGCGGUACAACGAUCUGCCGCUGGUUAAUUCCGAGCAUGCCACUGCCAAGAUCGGUCAUCAUUUCAACCUGAUGGAGCAGAUGGACUCGAUGAUGCUCUACUAUGCUAAUACGACCAUGUGGGACGAUAAUUACAAGGGAAUCUUGGAGUUAUUCAAGAGCAGCUCCCCGACCCCCUCGACGCUGGAGCAGCAGCCCGUGGAGGAUGCCCCACCGAUUCCAGGAGAGGAAAACACUCCGUUGGAGAAGACUCAGCCCCAGGAGGAGAACUCCGCCAACAACAAUAAUAACAACAACAGUAGCAGCGUCACCAGCAGCACAAAAACCGGCAGCCAAGAGUCGCAGUCGCAGGUCUUCCAUAAUGCCCGGUACGGAAACCUACUGAACGACAUCCAACAUCUGCUGCGGGAUGAGAGUUUCGUGGCUGGGACCAAGAAAAACUUGUGCCGCGUCUGCCUAACCUCGUUGGGAUCGCCGCUGUGGUAUGACGAACACUUCGGCGAGGAUCUGAUCAAGUUCCUCACCCUGCUGAUGGCCAGUGUGCGCAACUGCAACUCGGUGUGCCUGAUCACGAUGCCCAUGCACCUGAUUGCCAAGUACGAUGCCAGUCUGGUGCCCAAGAUCCGCCAGCUGGUGGACUAUGCCAUCGAACUGGAGUCGUUUGCAGGAUCGGAACGUGAGACGCAUCCCGCCUUCAAGGAGUACAGCGGGCUGCUCCAUUUGCACAAGAUGUCGGCGCUUAACACGCUGGCCGUUCACAUGCCGGACACCACGGAUCUUGCCUUCAAGUUGCGCCGCAAGAAGUUCGUCAUCGAGAAGUUCCACUUGCCGCCGGAGCUGCAGGAGUCAACCGCCAAGCCGGACAGCUGCAUCUCCGGUGUACUGAGCAAUUCCAAUGCCUCGGCCUCGCUGGAUUUCUAGCUGUCAGCGGAAUUAGAAACUAAGUGCGCGUAUGUAACCACGAAACAACAACUAAAUUGCAUAAUAAUAAGCCAAGUAAAUGCAUUAAUAUAUCAGCCCUGAUUUUGUACCAUUUUGAAAACUAA